AUCAGAUAGCAAGAUGAGAAUUAGGGUCGGUGUGAGCGUGUGUCUUUUUCAGUCCACAUUCUUAUGGUUUGGAUGAACUUAAUCUCAGUGAGGUUGUGCUUAAUCGUUGAGGUUGUGCUGUUUUUUUUUUGUCCAGGAUGGCAGUGCAGAACACACUUUAAUUUUUCUCUUUCAACUCAGUUAUUUUUAUUUAAUCUAACGUUACCCAUGUUUACACCCUCUGACAUGCCUUUUCCCUGUCUCUUGGUUAUCAAAGUUUUUUUUAUUUGCUAGCCUUUCUGAACAUGUUUGCUGAUCUUUUUGGCCAGCAUGGGAGAUAUUCUAAUCUUAGUGCCCAUGCCCCAUACUCAAGUUACAGGCUUUCCCUCUCUAUUCAUGGACAGUGACACACAUUCACACUAUAACAAAUGAUUUAUGACAGUUUUAUAUCUUAUCUUCUUUUGCGUUUAAGACAUUUUGUUUAAUAAAACAUAAUCAAGAUACUAAAAUGACUAAUAACUAACAACUUUUAAUUGUGUAUUAUUAGACUCUGCUAGUAGAAUACUGUUACACAAGUGUUAUAUGCUGUUACAGACAUAUUCAGACAUGCCUGUCAUAUGACUACAUCUAGCUAUUCUCAUAAGACACAAAUUUGAUUUGGAGUCAUCAUACUCUACUUUCACAUAAACAAUGCAGAAUAGGGACGAGUGUUCAUGCAAAAGACUGCAGAAAGUAGAAAUACAGGCGACCACAGACUGACACUACGGCAAAGAGCUUAGGAAAAAAACAUUAUAUAGAAAAAAGAAAGCAACUUGUGUGAUUUAACACAGCUGCCUUUUGCAGUACUCUUUCACAUAGAAAGAAACCUCCAUUUACACUGUGGUGUACUCAAGCCACUAGGUGAUGCUGCAGAGCUGGCUUGUUCCUCUCAUUCCUUCCUGCUGGACGUUUACAAAGGAAAUUGGGUGAAAAUAAUGUGGGUCUGUUGGCAUCAGGAUUGCUGAGCCCAUAGCACAGGCAGACAUCCUGGCAUGAACAAUGUGGAGCUGUCAGCUGGUCACCCAGCCCAGAAAUAUUCAGAGAAUUAUAAAGGAGAAAUACAGUUAGAAAAUCUGUUAAACUUGCAGAGAUAUAUGCAAUGCCUUAUAAAGACAUUGUCUGUUUGGCAGUGCUUUUGUUGUUUGUGUUUGUCAGACAUCGAGGGCCUGAAUACUUACUUUACAAAAGCCCCCCCUCUGACAUAAAGAGCCACUGACCAACCCACACCAGCAUACCAACAGCAACACGCUCUUUGUAUAUUACAUUUGCAGACCAUCCAGAGGGAGCGAGAGAGAGGAGAGAGAAAGAGAGAGAGAGAGAGAGAGAGAGAGGGCGAAUGAGAUAGAUGCUUAGAACAAGUUGGAGUCUAUACUAAAUGCUCAAGACGGAUGCAAAGCCCAUAAGAAUGAGGGCAACGAAAAAAGAAUAAAAAGCUCAGAAGUCUUUCUAAUUAGCUAUUCACUGGCUAAUACACAGGACAGUUUAAGUGGAUCUUUCUUUCAACGGGAGCUAUUUAUCUGCGGGCGUAAGAGAGUUUGUUGUCCACAUCAUGGCAUGCUGCUGCUGUCCAGCUCCGUGUCUGAGAAACUGCUUCUUGCUUUCAGGUUGGUCCCAUAAAUUUUUGAAAUGAAAUGGAACAUACACAGGCAGACAUCAGUUCAGGUCCAUGAAAUAUGGGUAAUAGACCAACCCAUGAAGAUAUAUCAACUCCUGAUCUGAAUACGUUAUGGGAAGAGCCCCAUUAUGCCAAUGAGCUCUUUCCAGGAAAUGAUGUCAUGGCCACUGGAGAUGAGGAAGUGGAAACAGAGGCUGAGGUAGAGGGUGAGGGGAUCACCGGUGAGAGUUACUGGAAGAGGAAGGAAGCUCUCAGCACUGUCUCCUUGGCUGUAGGAGAUCACUUCUCUUCAGAUGUGAUACUGCUAUUCAGUGGGAGAAGACGUUCCAAUUUGGAGCCAGACUGUGUGCUGCAGGAGGCACUACGCACUAGGCUAAGGGUUGUAGAGAGCAACAGCCAAGAUGUUAUUCAGCUUUUUAAAGAUCUCUCUGCACGCUUGGUUUCAGUGCAUGCUGAAAAAGAUCAUUUUGUUAUUACCUUUAAGACAGUGGAGGAAAUCUGGAAGUUCUCUACAUACCUGGCUCUAGGAUAUGUUGCAAGAUGUUUGGAGAACUUUCUGUGUGACCAGACUGUCUGGCUGGACCCUGUUUUGCUUAGUGAUGUGGAAAUUUGUGUGACAGUAAAUGAGGAACAUCUAGCAACCCUCUAUCUGGGGCUCUUACUUCAAGAAGGUUCAUUCUUUGCAAAAGCUCUGGUUAACAGUGAGCAAUGUAUAGAGGAAGAAGAUGAAUUGGUCUACAAGAAGAAUGACCUUGUUAUGGUGAAGGAUAUUGGACAGCAGUCCAUGUGGGAGGGAACCCUGCUUUCUACCGGUCAGCAUGGCCUAGUGCCUGUUCAUGCAAUGCAGCCUCUGCCAUACCCUUUUUACCAGUGGUUUCUUAGGAAGUACCAUGGCAAUGCAGGAGGGUUUUCAUCCACAAAAGGACAAACUGACCAACCUAUAGUAACAGGAACUUGUGUAGCAGUAGUGGACUAUUGCCCAAUGGUUAAAGAUGAACUACACCUCAGUCAAGGAGAUCUGAUAGAAGUUGAAGGCUUCCUUAUUAGCUCACUGAACACGUUCAUUGGAAGACACCUCUCUAGUGGACAGAUAGGAUUUGUUCACAUGGCCCAUGUGAAACCUGAAGAUAUCAAGCCACUCAGUGGACAAUUGGUCUUUCUGAGUGAGGAGGAGAGAGUGGCUCUCUCGCAGUUUAACCCCUGGACUGAAAAGUGCCACACUGGUCUAUUGGACAAACUCUUCUCCACUGACAUCAGCACUGUAUACAGAUUAGACAGACUGGAUGACUUCGAUUUUACCUAUAUCCGAAACCAACCGAAACAAGAACAGAAAACCCCAGUAGAUGCCAGGAAAAGCAUUAUACUGGAACAUAUCAACACCCCACCCUAUCACUCCUCCCCACGACCUUCCUUCUAUGCUUCUCAGAGUUGUCUAGACAGGGACAAUGAAGCCUUCUCCCUCAGCCUGGAGGACACUUUCCGAGAGAUGGAUGAGUAUGAGGAAGAUCCACCCUUUAUGGAUGAAGGCAUCUGGGAAACUGAAGAAGCUGAGAUUGUUGACCCCAUCUUAACCCUCCUCAACUUGGACCACUUCCAGGACUCUUUUUAUGCAUUUUAUGACCUCUCCUACUCCUUCUUGGACACAGUCUUUGGUGGGCUUCAAGUGGAUGAGGUGCUCCUGCACCUGGAGAGCUUGCGAGAAGGAGCAAAGAAAGGCAGAAUGGUGUGGGCCCAUCGGCGAGCCUGCUUCCUUCUAGGCAGAUUAUGUGCUAAAAAGCUUAAGUACUCUCAGGCUCGAGUCUACUUUGAAGAGGCAUUGAAUGUCCCUGUAGAGGGCUUUAAUGACAAACCACUGUUGAUUGCUCUGUAUACUAACCUUACAGCUGUGUACCUGAAGCAAAAGAUGACAGAUAAACUGCCUUAUACAUUAGAGAAAGCAAGUGCUCUUAUACUGUGCCUUCCCCUUCAUAACUUCUGCUCUCUAGAUGAGUUUGAACUGCUCAAGCCCAUUCUACGCAAAGCUAUUGUUGAUAAUGAUAAGUACCUUGAGGCACGGAGUUGCUAUCUAAUCCUCUGUCUAUUUCUGCAGAACAGAAAGAUUGAGGAGGCCUUGCCUUUUGUGGAAAGACUUCAGUUUCUCAAUCUCACUCUCUCAGCAGAAGAAGGAAGGCCUAUAGGGCCAGUUGACCUUAACUGGAUACUAUGCAGGCUCUACCACAAGAAAUAUCUUCCAUACCUUGUAUUAGCCUCGCUCAGUCUAGAUUCAAGUCAGGAUCAUUCUUUGGAUAAUGCUUUUCAAAAGAUUGAACUUUUCUUGAAGAACUCAGUCAGACUGAAUCCUCGUUGGAAGGAUGGCUCUGCUCUGCUCCCAGUCCAGGUUGUAGUUUACCUUCAGCAGGCAUUGUCUAUAGCCAACUGUGGUGAACACCUGAAGACCCAGAGAGAUCUUUGUCUGAGUUUGGCAAGUGUCUACCAGCAGUAUGGAACUUUGGAGAAGGCAGUUCGCUAUGCCCAACAAGCAGUGCAGGCAGGAAGUCACAUUAAUGAGGAGGAGGGUUUUGAGGCAUCAGUGCUGCUGGCCUGGCUCUUAGUGCUCACAGAGGAACCAGAUAGAGCCCAAUCUAUUUUGGAACCUCUCCUAAAGUCACUGUAUAAAACUGACAGUCCAACCCAGUGUGGGGUAGUCCACAAUCUACUUGCGCUAUGUCUUCAUAAACAGGGGAAGGUCAGAGAAGCAGCAAGGAACUUUCACUGUGCUCUCAAAAUUUCACAAGAAAAUGGGAACAAGCAUAAUGAAGCUCUAGCUCUGGCUAACCUGGGGUGCCUUGCCUUAUCAGUUGGGGCUCCAGGCCUGGCAGAAAGUUUCUUGCUCAGAUCUCUGAACCUUUUCCAGUUUCUUUCUGAGAGCCCCUCAGAUGAAGAGCAUGUUCAGACUUUGCUGUGGCUAGGUAGAAGCUACAAAGAUAGAGGAGAAAGUCAAAAGGUUAGGCUGUGCUAUGAGAUGGGUCUUCUGAUUGCCAUCAGUGCCAAGAACCUGCACAGUCAGAUGGUUGUUGCAAAGGUGCUCAGUCGUCUAUAUGCUGACUUAAUGUUGUAUGGGCAAUGUAUAAUUUACUAUGAGCACUGUGUGGGGCUUUCCAGAGAACUGAAGGAUAAACGUCUGGAGGGAGAGUACCUGGAGGUUCUCAGUAAUCUCUACCUUUCACUUAACACUGAGAAGUCCUCGCGGAAGUCUCUGGACUACACUAAGCAAAGUCUAAGGAUUUCCAUUGACUUAGGAAAGAAACAGGAGGAAUCAGAGACAUGGCUACAGGUGGGCCGAAUCUACUACUUGAUCCAUGAGGAUGAACUGGCAGACAUGUAUCUUCAGGCAGCUGUAAAGACAGCUCUAAAGAUUAAUGAUCCAUGCUUUGCUAUGAACAUUUAUGAAGAGGCUGGAGAUGUCUUCUUCAAAGGACAUAGAAACCGACUGGCUGCCGUUUCAUUUUUUAGAGAUGGGGCUCUGCCAUUUGCAAGAUGUCUCAAGGAUGUGCAUUCAGAGUUCAGGCUUUUGUCUAAACUCUCUGAAUUGCUACUGAAAGAAGCUCAGCACCAGGAGGCCUUGAAGUAUGCUACACUUGCAGUGCAAAUCAGCACCUCAACUGGUGUACACCUAAAUGAGAGGGUGUCUUACCAUCGCCUGUCUUCAAUCUACUUCACUCUGGAGCAGUAUGAGAUGGCUGAGAAUUACUAUUUGAAGGCUCUGUCUCUCUCUCCCCCUGUACUGGAGCAUGCAGAAGAGGCCCGCUACUAUGUUAAAGUGUACUGCAGACUAGCUGAUCUGACCCUACAUAAGCUAAAGGAUGCUUUUGAUGCCAUGGGAUAUUUCCACUUAGCCCUUGCAGCAGCUCUGGAAGAUGGAGGGAGUCUUCAGGCCAGGUACAUAAUUUACAUGAAGCUGGCAGAGAUCCAUGCUAACUAUUUACCUGAUGCGGAGCUGAGCCAGAGAUAUAUGGAUAGUGCAUGGAGCCUAAAGAGGGAGCUAGCAGGGCACACAGACUCUAGUGACACAGACGAGGAAUAUAUUAUCCAUGCUGCUACAGAGAAUGAUGAUGCCAAGUUGACCACUUAUUCCAUUGAUGGGUCAAGGAGCUCAGACUUCAGCAGUAGGAGCAGUACUCUUGUAGGCUCAGACAUGAUGGACACUAGCUGUACAAUAACUGCUCAGAAGGAAGCUGGAAUAGGGACUGAUUACAUCUGUGGAGAAGAUAUGGAGACAUGUGGACCUAGACAGCAUACAACUUCUGAAACAAGACACACUAAUGAAAGGCUCUGUACCAGCCACACAGAUUCUAGCUUACUAUGUACAGAAUUUUGAUAAUCCAAUCCCCACCUCCAAGGCACUUUGUUAUGGAAGUGAAAUAGCUUAAUUCAUGUCAUUUGUUUAUGUAGUUGAUUUUUCCUCUAAAUACAGGGGAAAUGUCUACUGUUAAAGUACUCUGAUUUUUUCAGAGCAAGACCACUUGUUUUAUAAUAUAUGUAAAUAAUACUGUUAAGUUCUAUGUAUAUUAUAAUUAUUACUCUGAAAUGAAAAUCUUUUCAUUUUUUAUACAUUUUGAAGAACUUAUUUGAACAUGGCUUAUUAAAGUCUAAUCAAUCCCUAA